AUGGCCCUGCCCAGCCCCUACCCUCCGCGGAGCCUCCCAGGAGUCUUGACAACUCCUGAGUUUCCCCAGGAGCCUCUGGGCCCAGAGCCCCAGGAGGAGCUGCCAGCUGUGAGCAGUCUCAGAAUGCCUUCCAGAGAAUGCCAGAAGGAGCCCCCGGAAAUACCUGUGCUGGGGGCAGGUGCUGCCCCUGAGGGAGCCCCCGCCGUGCGCACUCUGUGCGUGAACCACCUGAACCCCCAGUUCUCCGUGCCCGUGCUCACCUGCUUGCUGCGGGACACGCUGGAGCGGCUCAAGGUGCCAGUGGCGCGGGAGGACAUCCAAGUGGUGAGGCGGCCUCGCAAGGCCUAUGCGGUGGUGCAGGUGGCUGCCCCCGAGGCUGCCCUGGCCACACUGCCCUCGCGCCUGCAGGCGGCCACAAAGGAGCACCGGGUCAUCAAGGAGCUGGCCGCCCGAGGAAAGGAGCUGGUGGUGAGGGAGGGCACGCAGCCCUCCCUCGGCAAAGAGGAGGUCCUGGGCCAGGAGCGGCUCUUCCAGGGCGCCUUCCUGGGCAGCGAGACGCGCAACGUGGAGUUCAAGCGCGGCAGCGGCGAGUACCUGAGCCUGGCGCUCAAGCACCACGUGCGCCGCUACGUGUGCGCCUUCCUCAACAGCGAGGGCGGCAAUCUGUUCGUGGGCGUCGAGGACAGCGGGCUGGUGCGGGGCAUCCGCUGCAGCCACCACGACGAGGACCGCGUGCGCCUGCUGGUGGACUCCAUCCUGCAGGGCUUCAAGCCGCAGGUCUUCCCCGACGCCUACGCCCUCACCUUCAUCCCNNGCACGGCGACCGCGGCAUUCGCCCUCCCGCAGGUGAUCCGCCUGAGCGUGCACGCGCCCAAGGCCCAGAGCGAGCCGCAGCUCUACGAGACCGACCAGGGGGAGGUGUUCUUGCGGCGUGACGGCAGCAUCCAGGGCCCGCUGUCGGGCAGCGCCAUCCAGGACUGGUGCAGGCAGAAAUGGAUGGCCGAGCUGGGCAAGCUGGAGGAGAAGGUGACGGUGCUGACAGUGGAGAGGGAGCGGCUGCAGCAGCAGCUCGGGCGGCACUGGCUGACCUCCUGCACCUGCUGUGUCCUGUGAGCCCACCAGCCUGUGCCCACCACUGCCUGCACUCUGGGCUGCAUGGCACUGACCAGGGAGGGGCGCUGCCAGGAGGUGCCUGGGAAUCCUUAGCUUCCUCUCCCCCAGCAGCCCUGCACAUGGGUGCUUGGACUGCCCCCACCCUACCCCCUUCCCGGGGCUUCAGCACCAGAGCAGACCCAGGUGUGAACAAUGCUAGGAAGAUGCUCUCAGCACAACCCCCACAGAACCUCCCUUCAGAAAGAACGUGGCCAGAGCCAUCCUGGACUUAGCACUUAGGGACUGCCCCUCUCUUGACCGGGACCUAGGACUCCGGUUGGCUAGAGGCAGCAAGGGCUCUGGCAUCCUCCACAGAAAGGAAGGCCCCUUACUAACGGAGCCCUGGGGCCACAGGUCCCCUGCAGCCCUCAGCCCUGGCUUGCUGGGACCUGUGCUUGUCAACAGUCCUUAAUAAACUUCAUGUGCCAGGGCACAUUCUCAUGUA